AUAAUCGUUUGGGCAUGUUAACUUUAAGACUCAGGAAUACAUGUCUAGAAAUGGAUUAGUAGUUUUUGGUGAUGACAGUGGAGACAAAUAUGAAAUCUGUGUGCAAGCUAAGAUGAAGAGAAAGCCAUUUCCUAAGUUGGUUGACAGAAAUUCAGAAUUAUUAGAAUUAGUACAUUAUGAUUUGUGAAUUUCAUGGUCAAUUAACUAAAGGAGGAUGUAGGUACUUCAUUACUUUCAUUGAUGAUAGUAGUAGAUUUACCUAUGUCUAUUUAAUGCGAACCAAGGAUGAAGCCUUUGAUAAGUUUAAAUUGUAUAAAUCUGUUGUCGAAACUCAAAAGGGUAGGAAAAUACAAAUCCUUCGAAGUGAUAGAGGUGGAGAGUAUUUUCCUAAUAACUUUAAUGAGUUUUGUGAGCAACAUGGUUUGAUACAUCAAAGGACUGCUCCUUACACCCCACAACAUAAUGGAGUAGCAGAAAGGAAAAAAUGGAGUUCUUUCUGACAUGAUUAAUGCUAUGUUGAUUAAUGUUAGUGCUCCAAACAAUUUUUGGGGUGAGGCGUUGCUAACAGCCUACCAUGUACACAAUAGGAUUCCGUCUAAGAAGAUAAGGGAAUCUCCCUAUGAGUUGUGGAAGGGAAGGAAACCGAACUUGAGUUAUCUUAGAGUUUGGGGUUGUCUUGCUUUCUAUAGAGUCCUAGAUCCUAAGAGAACUAAGUUAGGUCCACAGGCUUUGAAAGGUGUUUUUCUUGGAUAUGCAGAAAACUUGAAAGCCUAUAGGGUUCUAGAUUUAGAAUCUAAUGUGGUUGUGAAAUCGAGAGAUGUUGAGUUCUUUGAAAACAAGUUUCUACGUGACUCUGCAAAUGUAGAACCAUGUCAAGUUACUUCUGCAGAUUCCUCAAAUGAUUCUAUCUCUACUCUCGCUUUUGACAUUGGUUCUAGUAGCAAAAGGCCUUUAGAUUACCCUGUUGCUAAUGAACCGCGAAGAAGUCAAAGGGCUAGAAUGGAAAAGAGUUUUGGUCCAGAAUUUAUUGAUCCUCAAGUUAUAGUCUUUCUUGUAGAGGGAGAUAGGUUAAAUAAGGUUACAAGAAAGAUACCCGUUUUGUUCCAUGUGCAAGACGAUCCCAAAACCUAUCAAGAAGCAAUGGUUUCUAGAUAUUUGCUUUUUGGAAUGAGGCUGUUAAUGAUGAGAUGGAUUCGUUAUUAACGAAUAAGACUUGGGUUCUUGUGGACUACCUCCUGGAUCUAAAGCUAUUGGAUGUAAAUGGGUAUUUCGCAUUAAGUAUAACACGGAUGGAUCAAUACAUACUUUCAAAGCUCGAUUGGUUGCAAAAGGGUUUAGGCAAAAGGAAAGAGUAGAUUGCUUUGACACAUAUGCACUAGUUGCAAGAAUCAAUUCCAUAAGAGUGCUUUUAGCUUUGGCUUCUAUUUACAAUCUGCAUGUACACCAAAUGGAUGUAAAGACGACAUUCCUAAAUGGUGAGUUAGAUGAAGAAGUGUAUAUGGAGAAACUAGAAGGGUUCGUGUUACCUGGAAAUGAAGGAUAGGUAUGUAAAUUGCAAAAGUCAUUGUAUGGACUAAAGCAAACACCUAAGCAAUGGCACGAGAAAUUUGAUUUUAUUGUCUUUGCUCAUGGAUUUUCUCACAACUCUGCUGAUAAGUGCAUUUAUUCAAAGUGCACAAAAGAGUAUAUGGUCAUUAUAUGCCUUUAUGUUGAUGAUAUGUUGAUAAUAGGAACUAAAAUGAAAGGCAUAAAUGAGACCAAGGAGUAUCUAACCUCCCGCUUCCAAAUGAAAGAUCUUGGAGAAGUGGACACUAUAUUGGGCAUCAAAGUAAAGAAACAUAGUGGGGGGUUUGCUUUGAGUCAGUCACAUUAUGUCGAAAAGAUGCUCAAGAAAUUCGAGCAUUUGGAUAUAAAGGAGGCUAACACCCCUUACGAUGUAUCUUUUAAGCUUUGUGCGAAUGAGGGAAGGGCUGAGUAUUCUAGUGCUAUUGGAAGUUUGAUGUAUGCAAUGGGUUGUGCUAGGCCCGAUAUUGCAUUUGCGGUGUGGAAACUUUCUAGAUUCACUAGUAAUCCUAGUGUUGAUCAUUGGAAAGCUAUAGGAAAAGUCUUUGGUUAUUUGAAAAGAUCCAAAGAUUUGGGACUCUUCUAUAGCAACUUCCCCGCUGUACUAGAAGCAUUUUCUGAUGCUAGUUGGAUCACGAGCGCUAGUGAUAAUAGAUCCACAACAGGAUGGAUUUUUACACUAGGUGGUGGAGCUAUUUCUUGGGCUUCGAAGAAACAAUAUGUAUUACACACUCCACUAUGGAAGUUGAAUUCCUAGCCCUUGCGGCGGCUGGAAAAGAAGCAGAAUGGCUAAGAAACAUGUUGUUAGAUAUAGAGUUGUGGCCACAACCGAUGCCAGCCAUUUCUGUCUUUUGUGAUAGUGAGGCUACAUUGUUUAGAGCUUAUAACAAGAUUUACAAUGGUAAGUCUAGACACAUUAGCCAAAGACAUGAUUACGUUAAGUAUUUGAUUACUAACGAAAUCAUUUCUAUUGUGUAUAUAAGGUCUUGCAACAAUUUGGCAGAUCCUCUUACGAAGGGGUUGCCAAGAGGCAUGAUCUAUGAGAGAUCCCAAUGGAUGGGAUUGAGACCUUUUGUAUAGUUAGAAGUAAUGGAAACCCAACCUUUUCUUUAGAUAUUCACUAAUUAAAAGGUUCAAUGUGGUAAUCACAAGUUACUCUAACUGGGAAGUAAUUUAUUGUACAAGUAAAUUAGAUGUAAGAAGGGUGAGUUAUAGAACUCUUAAUGACGUUCGUUUGGAAUGUCACCUAUGUGAACAUUAGGAGUGGUGCCGCUCUAACAAAAGUAAAGGUCAACUUUUGUAUAUGCUCGUGAAACAUGAUCAUCACAUGACCAUAAAUAGUGAUGCCCUUGUUGGUGGUUGUGUUUUAGAGAAGAGACAAAUAUGUGUGUGGUAUCUCCGGUUCUAGCUUUGGAUAUCUUGACUCCUAGGCUUACCCGUCAUUAAUUCGCUAUGAACUUUGAGAUGCUUACACUAAGUAAAGGUUCAAAUAAAAAAAGAUACCUUUAUGUAUGUGUUACUUGUUCGAGGCAGGUAUUCUCGACUCUUAUUGACUAAGUGGGGAUUGUUAGAGUAGUCAAAAAGAGUAAAGGAAAUACCACAUUGGUGGGAGAAUGAAAGCGCAAGUGGUUUUUAAGUUUGCUUUCCACUUUAGUUAUUGGAUAAAGUGGUUAGUGGGCUUUUAAAAAAAAGUGUGGGCUAUUUAAUUCGGCAUAUUAAAUCGCACUACGCACUUUGCAUGUUUGCUAUUAUUGAUUUUAUGAAUUUAAAAGUUAAAUAUGAAUAUUAUUUGUUGGAUUCAUGCAUCAAUGUAUAGGUAUUGGCGUUAAAUGUUGUACUUAAAAUUGUUUUCAAAUAUGUUUUACAUAUGAUAAAUUUAUUUUAUGUUGACAGUUUUAACAUUUUUAUAUUUUUUAUAAACUGACAUGAACUGGCACAAACCAAUUAUACACCUGUUAAAUUAUUCCACUUGUUAAACCGGCACAACGAUAUAAAUUGGUUUGACAACCUUGCUAUGGAAUGAACCUUGGAGAAUACCGUUGAUUUUGUUAUCUUUCAUGAAGGGUAGUAUAACCUAAAGUGUAAACUAUUCUCUAGAGUCGGUAUGUGGUAAAAUUACAAUUUCACUUACACCUGACAAAUCAGUAUCCUACUCAUUGACCCGAUCCGAAAUAGUUCGGAAAAUUAUAAAUGAGUUGAGAUUUUUAAAACCUGAAAUUUAAAUGAGCCGAAUCCAAUUAAUCCGUAUUUUUUUAUUCGGGUUGGAUGAGUUAGCGGGUCAACCCAUUAGACCGUUCCAUUUCAUAUUUCACUUUCAAAAUAAUAAAAUCACUUAUCAAUUGGCGGAGAUGAUACGUACUAAGAAGGAGAUAUCAAGAUGUUCUCAUAUGCAAAUGGAUGCAUGGAUAAGAUGAUUUUACAGACCAGACGUUCAUGUUGUCGAUUUCUGCUGCAAAAUAAAAUUGACUGUAAUAUAUAUGUCGUCUCCAUCACCAUCCGUAUUGACAUUGUUGUAAGUUCUCUGUCUAUCUAAACACAGAUUCGUCACGUGGUAUUUGUAACAACUCAAUUCUGGAGUCAUGUGGGAUUUGCCUGUUUGGUAUUUGGGCAGCUUGAGUUCAUGUUGAUUGCCUUGAUAUGGAAGCUUGAUUUCUCUCCAUCAUGGUUUUGAUGUAUGCAAUGAGUUGUACUAGGCCCGAUAUUGCAUUUGCGGUGUGCAAACUUUCUAGAUUCACUAGUAAUCCUAGUGUUGAUCAUUGGAAAGCUAUAGGAAGAGUCUUUGGUUAUUUGAAAAGAUCCAAAGAUUUGGGACUCUUCUAUAGCAAUUUCCCCGCUAUACUAGAAGCAUUUUCAGUAACAUGAAGUCGGACAUUCAAUUAAUUAAGGUACACCAUUGAUUAGUGCCAGUGGCAGACUCAUGUUAUGCUAAGGGUAUUCAAUUGACUAACCUUAGCUCUUAUUUAGGAUUAAGAAGUAGUGGAACUAUUUAUUGUUCAUCAUGUUAGUAAUUUUUUUUUAGGAGAUCAUGUUAGUAUUAAACUCUAUAUCAUUUGCCAACCCUUGUAAUUUAUAAUUGCGUCUUUCUUUUAAACUCCAAACUAAUGUAUUUAUUACCACUUGUGCAAGCGGAUAGGGGGGAGGAACGAACCUGUAUCUCCCACUUCUCCAGCUUGGUAAUAUUUGAACAACGUGAAUUAAUUUACAAAUCUAUUACUUAUUUCAAAUUCAAUUCUUUCGUUAAUUCUUUUUAUUGCUCUUUGAAAAAGUUCUCUUAACAACUCUAUUCUAUCUCAAUUUUCAUAGGAUGAGAUAUCAAUAUGUCAGUGAUUUAUUGGCUGCAUUUUUUUAUUAUCGAAACCUUGUUAUUUAUUGGCUGCAUUUAUUGAAAGAGAUACGAGUCAUAGUCCAAAUCGUGCUUUAAAACUUAAACGUUUACGUUUUUUACCUUUUACACUUUUAGGUCACCAAAAUGAUUCUAUGUAGAUUCACGUUUUUCAUUUACAAGUAUAGUCGGAAUCUAUACUCUAGGUCACCAAAACUCUGUUACAUAGAAUCAUAAUUUUGACUGCAUUGCGAGUCAUGACAUAAAUAAUGAAUAUAUUUUUGGAAAUUUUAAAUUGUGAAAACACAUAUGAUUUGUUAUUGAAAAAAAUGACAUUGUGCGUAAUAUAGAUUAAGUUUGUGUUAUAUUCUUGAACACCCUUGUAAGAUUUUCUGGGUCCGCCACUGAUUAGUGCUCACCCCAUUGAGAUUAAUAAAGUCCAGAGAUAAAAUGAAACUACUCGAGAGGUUAGGCUAAGGAGCAAACUAUAGACUAAUAAACCAAAGAUAAUGGUAAUAUAACAGCAAUUAAUUGAGAAAAGAUACAUGAUACGACUAUGAUAUCAACUGUGCAGUGAUAAUGCAAUUCCACCAGUAAAUUAUUUCAUGGAUCGAUCAAUGUGUAUUUUUCAAGCACUUAAUUGAUUCAUAAAUUGUGAGAUUCCUUUUUCUUGUUAAAUUUGAAUGAUAACUAUUAAGAACUAAGAACAUGAUUCGGGGAUAAUGAUAUGCAUGAAACAAAAAAACCCAUCGUAAUUUGGGUAUCCAUUUGCAGUAGGGACAUAAGUCCAAGGAUUGUAGGGAAACAACCCAGUAACUACAUAGAUUUGCUGAACACUGUAGACACGGAGUGUAUUUUAGAAUAUUUUCAGAAUAUGAAAACACGACGUGGUAAUUUGUUGUAACUUGUAUUAAUCAAAUAUUUGUGUUGUUGAAUAUUAUUCGGAUACUUCUCUUAUUUAAGAAUUAUUUAAUUUUAUUUUAAAAAAGAACACCCUAUUAUAAAUCCCUGGAUCCGCCACUAUUUUGAGUACCAGUAACCUAAAAAAACGGGACGGACCGUUGCGCACCCCUACCCAGCCCGCCCUACCACUACCAGUCCACUCCCACCUAUCUCCCUCCUAUCGACCUCACCCAACACUUCUCUCCUUUCCCCAAUUCUAAACCCCUAAUUCCAACCCCAAGCCUCUCAAUCUUCACGACUUCACUCCAUCGUCAUCCCACUCCAAGAACUCCAAUAGACAACCUCUCGCUCCCUGCUACCUCGCGAGGAACCCUAAAUCCCACUUCCGACUUGCGAGGAACCAUAAAUCCCAUUCCCUCAAAAAUUGGAAUUCGUAGCAAAUACACACAGCGGCCGCCCAUCGCCGCAUCUUCCACUUUUGAAAGAGGGAACGCUUCUCUUCUUCGGAGUUCCCGAUUUCCACCUCUUCGUCUUCGGCAGGUAACUGUUUUCCCUUACAUUUGCUCUUUUGAUCCAUUUACUGUUGAUCGAUGAUGAAAAAUUAGGGAAACAACAGAUAAUGAGACUUUUGUAGCUUGCUUACUAUUUCAGGGUAUUCUUGCCGUAUUUGGUCAUUGCCUUUUCUUAAUUAAUUAGCGUAUUCUGUCAUAUUGGCAAGUGGGAUUAGUCUAAGCUGGUGGAUUCUGGGUAGCAUCAUAUAUACAAUGGAUUGUUCUUGUUCUUUGUUCAUAAGACUGUCAGCAGAUCAGAUCUACUGGUCUAAGGAAUGCUUGUCUGGUGUUUCCAUGUAUUAUUGAGAUUAGAAACUGUUCUUAGGAAUGUGAGUAGCCUGUAUAAGUGCAGCUGUUCUGCUGGUGUUCAAUUACAGCAACUGUAGGUUAUUCGUGUAAAGGGCAAGGAAACAGAUUCAUGCUGAUUUUUAAGUAACUCUGUGUUGCUGAUAGUAAAUUGAUUAUAUUUUCAUUGAUAUGGAUCACUGAGUGGAUACUUGUCAAUUUGAUGAUGAUGUAUAUGCAUUUCUACUAACUAAAUCUUCAAAUGUGGAAUGUAGUAGGUGCUUACCUGUUUUAUAAAGGUCGAGUUCAUAGCAUGCGUUGGUUUUAUGUAUUCCACUCUUGUUUUCCUGCUGGAGUUCGAUCGUUAUAAUCUCCGAGUCUCUUCAUAGGUGGAGUUCGCAGCUCGAGUUAGCUGCAGUACUGAAACUGAUUGGUUUAGUAAAUUAGAGAAGAAACUAGUAUCGUUUCCUUGGUACUGCUUCUUUUUCCUAAAUCUGUUUCAUCCCCAACUAGGAGAAGAUGUGUGCUAGUUGAGUGGUUCAGCAACUCUGUUAUUAUGUAGACUUGAUAACUAGAGACCACUUUAGUCAUUAAAAUGGACCGAUUUAGUAAAAUAGUUAAAGAUGAAGUGCUUCUACUAUCUCAUUUGCUCCUUAGGUUAAUGUUGUGUGAAGAUCCUCUUCAAUACUUUCAUGUACUGUUGCUAACUUCUUUCUAGGUCGCUUUUGAUGAUUUUGAGCUGAUACUGUCUAAGUUACAUCUUAAGAUCUGAAGAUGGUGAAUACCGAUCUUUUGGGAGCUCCAAUAAGUCCAGAGCUGGCCACUAAACUGAAGAAGACUUGCUAUGAUAUGAUAUGUGCAUAUCUUCGAAUGUUACUGUGGUUGCCAUAAUUUGUUCUCUCCACUAUUUGUUUUGGUUAACAACGAAAUACUAAGAACUUAACAUUUUAUUUCAGAGGCAAGGAGAAAUUGCGCAAUUGCUUGAGUCACGCUCUUUGACUCGGUUUGACAUAAGAUGGUUUUGAUGUUGCUUUUGCUUGUGAAUUUCUGUUAGUUUCACUCAUGUUUUUUUUUUGUUAUACAGUGAUAACUUGAGCAUAGUACUAAAGGAUUCAACCUCUCAUUAUUAUGUGUCAUUCAGUCAUGUUGGGAAACCCUACAUGAUGAUUAUAAGUUUGGAAGACUGCUACUUGGUGGAUAAGAGUUUUAACAUUCAGAGUGUUCAAAUGAGAUUUCCUAAUCGGUUGGAGGUGAAUGUUUUAUUUAUCUUGCAAGUAAUUUUCAUUGUUAUAAGACUUGUUUAUUGAGCUGCUUGCAUGACUGAUAUAUUUGUUUCUUGUGUCAAGUUUACCUUCUUGGCAAGAUGGUGAUUGACAUAACAACUAAGGCAGAAUGCAGAUACAUAGUUCACGAUUUGCUGGCCAUUAAUGGUCAAGUUUCAAAAGGUGUGAGCAAAUUAUAAAUUAGAUCUGUGUCAACUUGUCUUCUGCAAAUCUAUCUGUGGAAUUUUAUUAUGUCAACUGGGUUGGACAUUGCAAGAGUAUUUUCGUAAGCGUAAGGAUUUGAUUGAGAGUUUGGUGAUUAAUCCUCGAAAUGAUGAACAUAUUUCCCAGAAGAGUCUAUAUGCAUUAGAACCCUUUCAGGUAUAGAUUUUGUUCUUGUUUUUGUUGUUGUUGAAGUGAGUGAUUUUAGAAUGAAAUACAAGAACUGUACCCUGAUUUGGUAAUAGCUGUGCCAAUAUUGAUGCAUUUAAAAUCGCAGUUCAAGUGUUAUGCUACUUAUUAAGUCCAACGGUUAUCUAGAGUUGUUUACCAAGUUACAAUGCAGGAGUUUUGGAAGCUUUCUCGUGGUCUCAAGUGUUUGAAACUGAAAAUUUUUGCACAUGAGAUGGAUGAGAUUGUUUUUUAGGUAAUUAGAUAAAGGAAAAGUAGCUACAGGGAUAAUCUAUGUCUGAUAUCUUUUCCAUAUAUUAAUUUGAGAUUUGAAUGUUAUUUGUUAGGAAUGAGAUUCUCUUUUGUUUACUUCUUCAAACACCCGUUUACUAUGACCAUUUCUAUGGAACAACUCCAUUGAUUUCUUAUUUGAGGUGUGUUAUGAAAUAUUGCAACGACCAAAUAGUCUCAUUCUAAAUUUUCUUUGUAAUAGUUGAGGCUAAUAUCUGUUAACAGGUUGAUCCCAAUAAUGAGCAUAAAUUGUGUCUUUGGUCUGGUGACUGGAAGCACGUACUGGAGACUGAUAAAGUGGUAUUCAAAGGUGGGACGGUUUCCAUGUCAGAUUUCAGUUGUUUAAGCAUUGUCUUGGUUGUUUGAGCAACGCGCAGGUUCGAAUUAGCUUCGUUCAAACAACCAAGACAAUGAUUAAAUAACUGAAAUCUGACAUGGAAACCGUCCCACCUUUGAAUACCACUUUAUCAGUCUCUAGUACGUGUUUCCAGUCACCAGACCACAUGCACAAUUUAUGCUCAUUAUUGGGACCAACCUGUUAACAGGUAUUAGUCUCAACUAUUACAAAGAAAAUUUAGAAUGAGACUAUUUGGUCGUUGCAAUAUUUCAUAACACACCUCAAAUAAGAAAUCAAUGGAGUUGUUCCAUAGGAAUGACCAUAGUAAACGGCUGUUGGAAGAAGUGAACAAAAGAGAAUCCUAUUCCUAACAAAGAACAUUCAAAUCUCAAAUUAAUAUAUGGAAAAGAUAUCAGACAUAGAUUAUCCCUGUAGCUACUUUUCCUUUAUCUAAUUACCUGAAAAACAAUAUCAUGUGCAAAAGUUUUCGGUUUCAAACACUUGAGACCACGAGAAAGCUUCCAAAACUCCUGCAUUCUAACCUGGUAAACAACUCUAGAUAACCGUUAGAAGCUUAAUAAGCAGCAUAACACUUGAAGUGCGAUUUUAAAUGCACCGAUAUUGGCACAACUGUUACCAAAUCAAGGUACAGUUCUUGUAUUUCAUUCUAAAAUCAUUCACUUCAACAAGAACAAAAUCUAUACCUUAAAGGGUUCUGAUGCAUAUAGACGCUUCUGAGAAAUACGUUCAUCAUUUCAAGGAUUAAUCACCAAACUCUCAAUCAAAUCCUUACGCUUAC